CACACUGCGUAUCUCAACAUCAAUCGGACGGUCAGAAACCAAUUGUAGGACAUCGGAGACGUCAUCGGAGAUCAGACGAGUCCUCGAGACGGUGUCUUGACAAAGAGAAAAUAGCUCCGAGAAAUCAGAGUGAUGAGCGACGAGAUAAGACUGAACUUUGGACUUGAUCCGCAGAGAAUGAGACUCUAAGCGGUUUAUGAGGAGACGGAGAUCCGGUGCAGAUAACGGAGUUGUGGGAUCGUUUAGAUCGUGUCCGGCGAGAAGGUCCCGAACAUUGAUCGAUUCAAACAACGCGUCUAUCUCCGGCAUGACGGAGGGACGGUGGUCGUUGUCGUCGGGGCUCUUUUCCGAUUAGAGAGUAAUUGGCGGUGAUAGAUUUGGCGGUGACGAUGGACCUUAUUGAACACGGACGUUUUUAUUUUACUUUUACUAUUGGGCCUAUCAAAUAAAAUGUUAGGCUCAAGGCCCAAGUCUUCAUCGGGAACUUGUAAUAAUGUAUGUUUUUUGACAUCGAAAACAUGUCAUUUUUUUGUUCCUUGUCACUAACGUACCACUUAUUUAAAUGAUUUUCUUUAUUUUUGCUAUGAAUAUUCAAGUAAAAUACUGCAACAGUUACUUAGCCUUAAGACCAGCUCAAAAGAAAUCACUCUACUCCAUUAAUAGUAAAUUCCAUUUCUUAUAUAAGCACAAUUGUAAGAGAAAAGCAUAACAAAAGAACAUAGUAAAUAAAAAGAACAAAAGCUUUUAAAGUAAGUUGGAUUAAUCUAUAUUAUCAUUUGUUUUUCAGACAAGAGAAAGAGAGAUAGAGAGAAAGUGUCUGAUCCAUGGCUGCAUCUAGAGAAUUUAUUAUAUGUUGCUUCUUAACACUUCUCCUAUGCAAUUUCUUCAUGAGAGUCGAGUCUGGUGCUGCUGCUGACGUCAGUAGAGGAGGAUGCGGCGGCGGCGAUGGCAGCCUCGGGGACGAUAAUGAGCGGUGUGUGGAGGCGGUGAAAGAAGACGACGACGAUGAUGUGGAUGAUGUUUACAAAGUGAUCAACAAGAUGAGGAUAUAUGCUUGAUCAUGCAUGCAUGAUGCAUUCUUUAUAUAUAGGGCUAUUUAUUUAUUACUUUUUUUUCGUUUCCAUUUUCUUUUCUCAAGUUUUUUCCGAUUCUUCUGUUUUUCUCUUAAUCUAUUUGCUUUUUCUUUUUUCCCCUUAAUGAGAGAGAUUAUGAUCCGAAGAAGAACCUGUUGCCUUAAAUAUAUGGUUUACUAACUUUCUUGGAUCCGACAAGAAUGUACUUAUCCUAGCGUUACACAUUUUACCUCUAUUAUAAGUACAUUAUUUAUUUAAAAAAAACAACAAAAUAUAUUAAUUAUUUUCUUAUAUAACAAUACACAUGAAUUUUCUACAUAAAUAUCC